AUGGUGGUUAAAAGGCCUCCGUGCGCAGUUGAUCUCCCCGUAGAUCGUGAGGCGCCAGUGGAGAGGUUGUUAACUGAGAUCAGACAAUUUGUUGCCUUACCACACUUGUUUCGGGCAAUAUGGUCUUUUAAGCAAGCUGAAGAUUUCCCAGUUGACGCUGCGAUAUACGAUUUCUUUGAAUAUGGUUUUGAUCGCCUGGCAGUAUAUUAUAAAUGGAAGUCGGAGAUGACGAAGUAUUUAAAAUUGGAAUAA